ACCCUUGAUCAAGAUUUCAAACAGUUGUUGGAAUUAAUCACAAAUUCAUAAUCUUUUGUUUCAAUUAGUAUUAGCAAACAUACUAGGAUAACUGAGCUGAUAAACAAUUGGAUCUGAGGACUGAUUCGAGAAUAACCGCAACCGCAAAACUUUAGAUCUGACUUUACCCGCCGAUCAAUCGUACCAAACAAACUUUCAAUCAAGAUAUAUACUAAUACAUCAAAAUAUGACUUCAGUUGAACCAGAAAAACAACCAGCAAUCCAAAUGCCAAGCCUGGUGAAAUCACCAAUAACCUAUACUCCCCAAGAUAUCAAAAUCAUCAAAAAGGUAUUGAAUGGUUAUGUUGGAUUUGCCAAUUUACCUAAGCAAUGGCACAGAAAGUCCGUUAGAAGAGGAUUCACUUUUAAUAUCAUGGCUAUUGGUGAAAGUGGUUUAGGUAAAGCCACUUUAAUCAACACUCUUUUCAACCGCGAAAUUGUCAACCAUAGAGAUGAUGAAGAAACCGUAGAAGAAGAUACCGAGGACAAAGAAGGAGGAGUGGCUGUGAAAAUUAGAUCAACCAAGGCUGAAAUCGAAGAAGAUGGUGUCAAAUUAAAGGUCAGUGUUAUAACAGCUCCAGGAUUUGGUGAAUCAAUCAACAAUACCGACUAUUGGAAACCAAUUGUUGAUGAAAUUAACAGCAGGUUUGAUUCUUAUUUGGAAGCUGAAUGUAAAAUCAACAGAUCUACCAUAGUUGAUGAUAGAAUUCACGCAUUCCUUUACUUUAUUGAACCAACCGGUCAUUCCUUAAGAGCCUUGGAUAUUGCCAUGAUGAAAUUGGUUCACGAAAAGGUUAACUUAAUUCCAAUCAUUGCCAAGUCUGAUACUUUGACUGAUGAUGAAAUUGUGGAAUUUAAGCAACGUAUAUUAGCUGAUAUUGCACAUCAAGGAAUUAAAAUAUUUACUCCAGAAGCUCCCGGUGAUGAUGAUGAAGAAACUGUAUCGAAUACCCAAUCAAUCAUUGAUACUUUCCCCUUUGCCGUUGUUGGUUCCACCAAAGAAGUUCAAACUCCAGAUGGAAGAACUGUCAGAGGUAGACAAUAUCCUUGGGGUGUUAUUGAGGUUGAUAAUGAAGCUCAUAAUGAUUUUGUCAAAUUACGUCAAUUGUUAAUUAGAAACUUUUUGGAAGAAUUGAAAGAACACACUGCCAAUGUUUUGUAUGAAAACUAUAGAACUGAAAAAUUAAAGAAGAUGGGUAUUGAACAAGACAGUACCGUGUUCCGUGAAUUUGAUCCACUUGCUAAACAACAAGAAGAAAGAGCUUUACAUGAAGCCAAAUUAGCCAAGAUGGAGGCAGAAAUGAAGCUGGUUUUCCAACAAAAAGUUUCCGAAAAGGAAAAGAAGUUACAAAGAUCAGAAGCUGAUUUAUUUGCUAGACACAAGGAAAUGAAGGACAAAUUAACCAAACAAAUCAAGAUUUUGGAAGAAAAAAAGGUUCAAUUGGAAAAACAAAGAUCAUUACCUCAAGAACCAAUGGUCCAACCUGCUCAACAAAAGACUCGUAAAGGAUUCUUGCGUUAAGGAGGUAGAUGGUUAAUUUUGUGUUUUAUUCUAUAUAUAUUUUCUAUGUUUUUAUUGUUUAGUUGUGCAAUACAUGAGAAUGUGCUAAA